UUUCUUGAAUUGGACUUGGCAACCCUAGCAGGCUCAGCUUCUUUAACAGAGCUCCCCCUCCCCCUCUGGCCUGCUGGUCUCUCGCUGCCCCCCAACCGCAGAGCGCCUCCAAGCCAGCCCCUCGCCCUCCAUUUCCCCGCCUUUCCCCUCCGCGGUUUCCUGACACCUUCGCCUACUCCGGCUCCUCCUCCUGGCUGCCGCGCGCCGCUCUUGGCUCGGCGUCUCCUCCGCCCGGGAAGAGGGACUGGCAGCCCCCCCCCCCCCUUCUCUGCCCCUCGAUUCCCUCCUUGGAGCCUUGCUAAUCUUUAACUCUGCAUUGCUGCCAGAGGCGCUCCGAGUUCCGAAGUCUUUUGCGCUAACGGGACCGACAGCCGCCUGCUUCUGCCUCGGCUCCCUCUGCUGCUUGGAAGCCGCCUCGAGCCUCCCGCGAUGAAGACUGGGGCAAAAUAUCUGCUGGGAUUUCUUGCAGUUGCAGCUCUCAUUACCGUCAUUGCUGUUCCUGUAGCUUUAGUGACAAGGCAAAAUAAUCCUACACCUGACUCUCGCAGGACAUUUACUCUAGAAGAUUACUUGGAAGAAAAUAUACAAUCUAAAUCAUACAACUUGAAGUGGAUUUCAGGAAACCAAUAUCUCCACACAAGGCAGAGCAAUGUCUUUCUCUUCAAUGUUGAUACCGGGCUCAUCUCUAAUAUCCUCACAAAUGACACAUUAGCUACUUACAAUGCAUCUGAAGCAAUACUGUCAGCAGACCAAAAUUUUGCUCUUCUGCGAUAUGACUACACAAAGGUGUGGCGUCACUCAUACAAUGCAUCAUAUGUCGUCUACGAUUUGAAAAAUGGUGUCGCAAUAAGCGACUCGCUUCCUAAAGAUAUCCAGCUCAUAUCCUGGUCACCUGCUGGUCACAAACUGGCCUAUGUUCAGAACAAUGAUCUUUAUGUCAAAGAAACACCAACUACGCCCGGUGUACGGAUAACCACAAAUGGGAAAGAAAACACCAUUUUCAAUGGGGUAGCAGAUUGGGUUUAUGAAGAGGAAAUGUUUGGCACCCAUGCUGCUCUGUGGUGGUCUCCAAAUGGCAGCUUUUUAGCAUAUGCAGAGAUUAAUGAUACUGGAGUUCCUGUUAUUGAGUAUUCGUUUUAUGCAGAAGAUACGCUGCAGUAUCCAAAGACCAUAAGAAUACCAUAUCCUAAGGCAGGUGCUACAAAUCCAACUGUAAGGCUAUUUGUAGUGAAUACUGAAUCUCUUCCCAGUAUCAGUUCCACUGAAAUUUCUGCACCAUCUAGCAUACUUUCGGGGGAUCACUACCUCAGUGUCGUAACUUGGGUGACUGAUGAGAGAAUCUGUCUACAGUGGCUAAAAAGGAUACAGAAUUUUUCAAUUCUUGCAAUCUGUGACUAUAGAGAGGAUGGAACUUGGCAGUGUCCACCAGGAAAACAGCAUGUAGAAGAGAGUACAAGCGGUUGGAUUGGCAGAUUUCAGCCUUCUGAACCUUACUUUGCACCUGACAAUAUCAGUUAUUACAGAAUUUUAAGUGAUAAAGAAGGUUAUAAGCACCUCCAUUAUAUCAACAGCACAGGAACAACGAAACCUCUGACAACAGGACAAUGGGAAGUAAUUGACAUAGCUGCUGUAACUAAUGAUUUUAUAUAUUUCAUCAGUAAUCAGUUUGAAGACAAGCCAGGUGGAAGAAAUCUUUAUAAACUGGACGUUACAACUGGUUCGACGAAAUGCAUCAGUUGCAUUCUAUACAAAGAAAGUUGUCAGUAUUGGUCUGCGUCCUUUAGCACAGAUGCAGCAUAUUAUAAACUGAAUUGUCUUGGUCCCAGCCUGCCUCUUUUCAUCUUGCAAAACAGCAGUACGGAUAAUGCUGUUUCAAUACUGGAAGACAAUCAUGACCUUGCUAAUACGUUGAAGAAUAUCCAGAUGCCCUCUAAAAGGGUCGACAGCAUUGCACUGCAUGGCAAGACAUUCUGGUACCAGAUGAUCUUACCUCCUCUUUUUGAUGAAUCAAAGCGUUAUCCUCUACUCAUUGAUGUGUAUGGAGGGCCCUGUAGUCAAAAAGUGGAUUUUGCCUAUCGAAUCAAUUGGGCCACAUAUCUUGCAAGCACGGAACAGAUCAUUGUGGCUAGUUUUGACGGCAGAGGGAGUGGCUAUCAAGGAGAUAGCAUCAUGCAUGCAAUAUAUCGAAGGCUUGGAACCUACGAAGUAGAAGAUCAGAUCUUGGCAGCCAGAGAAUUUUCAAAAAUGAACUUUGUUGAUCCAAAGAGAAUAGCUAUUUGGGGUUGGUCAUAUGGUGGCUAUGCAACCUCCAUGGCACUUGGAUCAGGAAGUGGUGUGUUCAAGUGCGGAAUAGCUGUUGCCCCCGUGUCACGCUGGCAAUUUUACGAUUCAAUAUAUACGGAACGUUACAUGUGUCUUCCUACAGAAGAUGAUAAUCUGCAAUACUACGAGAAUUCCACUGUUAUGGCCAGAGCUGAGCACUUCCGAGAUGUUGACUAUCUCCUGAUCCAUGGAACAGCAGAUGACAAUGUUCAUUUUCAGCAAGCAGCCCAGAUCUCAAAAGCUCUGGUUGAUGCAGAAGUGGACUUUCAAGCAAUGUGGUAUACAGAUAAAGAUCAUGGCAUCGGAGGCCACGCUCACAGUCAUAUCUACACCCAUAUGAGCCAUUUUAUCAAGCAGUGCUUUGCAUUGUCAUAAUCCUUGAGAUAACAAUUCAUAUCUCAUGCCAAAAUUUGUUUUACGAUGGUUUGAAUAAGAGCACUUUCCCAAUUAA